AUGGUUUUUAGAGCAGGCAUUGGUCGUAUCGGUCUCAUCAGAGGGCUCGCCACACAAGCGGCGGAAGUAUCGGCGACGAGGUACAAGAGCUUCAAGAUCUACCGCUGGAACCCGGACACUCCAGCCGAGAAGCCGCGGAUGCAGGAGUACAAGGUGGACCUGAACAAGUGUGGGCCGAUGGUGCUAGACGCGCUGAUCAAGAUCAAGAACGAGCAGGAUCCCACGCUGACGUUCCGGCGGUCUUGCCGUGAGGGCAUCUGCGGGUCGUGCGCGAUGAAUAUCGGCGGCCGCAACACGCUGGCCUGCUUGUGCAAGAUCGACCAGGCCGAGAACAAAGACGUGAAGAUCUACCCACUGCCUCACAUGUACGUGGUGAAGGAUCUCGUGCCGGACCUCACCAACUUCUACAAACAGUACAAGUCGAUCCAGCCAUACCUGCAGAAGGCUUCCAAGCCCGCCGACGGGCGCGAACAUCUGCAGAGCAUUGCCGACCGCAAGAAGCUAGACGGCCUGUACGAGUGUAUUCUAUGUGCAUGCUGCUCGACGGCGUGCCCAUCGUACUGGUGGAACAACGAGCAGUACCUCGGCCCAGCCGUCUUGAUGCAAGCGUACCGCUGGAUGGUGGACUCCCGUGAUGGCGCGGGCGCGGGCAGACGCGAGCAGUUGCAGAACGCCAUGUCCGUCUACCGCUGCCACACUAUCAUGAACUGUACCCGGACGUGUCCAAAGGGUUUGAACCCGGGCAAGGCCAUCGCCGAGAUCAAGAAGGCCCUAGCUUUUGCCUGA